UCAGCCUAGUGAUAGGUCCGGGAGUCCCACGCCGCCGCCGCCGCCGCCGCCCCUGCUGCUGCUGCUGCUCCUUCUCCUGCUACUGUUCUUCUCGCUCGUGCUUGUUGCUCUUAGUCCUAGGGGCCCUGUUCGCCAGUCUCCGGCUGGGCGCCCGCUAUGGCGGAAGCGGCAGCGGCGGCGGCGACUCGCGUCUUCCUGGAGGUGCGGAGACAGCUGCAGAGCGCGCUGCUGAUCCUGGGAGAGCCAGAAGAAGCAGGUUUGCCCAUGGAUAUUUCUGUAACGCCAUCAUCGCUCCAGGUGAAAACCUCUGAAGGCUGCACAGAGAUCUGGCUUCCAGCAGAGGUCAGGCUUAUACCUUCUUCUUGCCGUGGACUACAGUAUCUGCCUGGAGAUGGGCUGCACCUGCGGCUGCAGACACGGACAGGAGUCAGCACCAAACUGAUUUCAGUGUUUAAUCAAAACUCACAAGCCCAAGACUGUUGCACAUUUUAUUGCCAAUCCUGUGGUGAAGUCAUAAUAAAGGACAGGAAGCUCCUCAGGGUGCUCCCAUUGCCAAGUGACAACUGGGGAACUCUAGUCGGAGAAUGGUGUUGUCACCCGGACCCUUUUGCGAAUAAGCCACUUCAUCCACAAGAGAAUGACUGUUUUAUUGGAGACUCUUUCUUCUUGGUGAAUUUAAGAAGUGAUUUGUGGCAGCCAAGACCUGAACUAGCCCCAGUGGUGACGCACCGUCUUUCUUCUGAGAACCAUUUUAAAUUGAAACCAAAGGCAAAUACCAAAGUAAUUUGUAAGCGCUGCAAGGUAAUGUUGGGAGAGACCAUGUCAUCAGAAACCAUCAAGUUUUAUAUGACAGAGAUAGUGAUUCAGCCAUCUGAGAGAAAUUUUUCCAUCAUACCAAGGUCUCAGUUUGUACAGAGCAUUUUUGCCCAGUGUCUGGUGGAACUCUCCUCUGCUAGAAGCACUUUUAGAUUCAGUAUCCAAGGUCAUGACGGCAAAGUGUACAUCUUGCUAUGGCUUUUAAACUCAGACAGUUUGGUGAUUGAAUCUUUGGGAAGUUCCAAAAAUAUCAAAAAGUUUUCCCUAUUGGAAGACAUAUCGAAGGCUGAUUCCAGUUCUGCUUUGAAUGCUGUCAAAGUCCUCUACCAGCCAUGCCUCAAAAGCAAAAAUAAAAAGCUUGCCAGCUCAUGGGGAAGUGACAUCAGUGUCCACUCUCUAACCCUGCCAUCUGCAACCUGCUUGGAAAUGCUGUUGAUAUUAUCGAGGAAUAAUGCUACACUGCCUCCAUCCCUUCGCUAUAUGAAUUCCUUUCAGGUGGCCUUUUUGAAGAUGUAACUGUGGAGGCCGAAGCAUUCCUCUCCCCAGCAUGGUGCUUACCGAAGGCUGGCAGUUGGCCCACUGGGCAGUGAUUACAGAGACUAAAACCAGAGCUACAGAAUGAGAGCACUGCUUUGAAGUUUUGAGUUUACUUGCUUACAUAUAUUCUCUAGGAGAAGAGUUAACUUUAAAACUUUGAAAAACCAAGGCUGUGAAGAAAGUCACAGUAGCAACUUGAAAUAAGUAUAGGAGUUACAUCUCUAUUUCCCACAGAGAGGAAUAUUUAAAUAUGUGCUGUGUCAGCACCACCUGGAAGGAUAUUAGCUAGUGGAGACCCAUCUGUCCUGCGUGGAAUGCAGUGAGGGACUUCCGUUGGUGGAAUUGAAUGUUAACUGCUGUAUAUCCUAAGAAAUAAAGUCUCAAAGAACUCAGUUUUGUUUAAAACAAAUUCUUUAAAAGAAAAGAUAGAAUUUUGUAUACCUUAUUCAGAGCAGAUGUUUGUUGAAUGAGUGAUUAUCAAAUUAAAGGGUUUCCAUUUACACAAA